GACCUAAUUUAGUAAAAUGGUGAAUAAUGUUGCUAGUACGAGUACUCGUACUUGGUACUCGUACAAUUCACUACUACAACAACAAUUUUUGUGUCUUGAUCGGAAAAGAUCGAGAAAUUUUGGAUCUCGAUGGGGUGGAAUGCAUUGCGGCAGACAGCAAUCAGCACUCAUCGAUCCAUCUCCUCAGCCGCCAAGCUAGAAAGAAGGAAGCGGAAACCAACACACAACAGCACAGGAGCAAAUUCUACCACAUCAUGCUCUUCCAGCUCCUGUUGGCACUCGCCGCAUCCAAAAUUUCCUCCUCGUUGCUGCGGAUCGGAACGGAUGGGUUCCGGCUUCGGCCCUAUCUGUCGUCGAGCGACGAGGAGGCCCUCGCCGACAUUUGCAAGGGCGUGUGGAACGGCACCGAUUAUCUCCCGGCGACCGCGCAAGCAUUCGAAGAAGACCCGAGCUGCGACUUUGUCGUCCUCGAGCACGAGACGACGGGAGCAGUGAUCGCCGCAGGGAACCGACGACGCCUGCCUCGAAGGGACGGAAACCGAACCGAAAACGCGGUGUUCUGGCUCGAGGCCGUUCGCGUGGCUCCCGAGUUCGAGGGGAGGGGCAUUGCCACCGCCCUCACCAGGGAGCUGUGCAGGCGAUGUAGGGAAGAGGGGGCACGGGAGAUUCUGUCGUGCACGGUGAAAACCAACCGGGGCAUGACGGCCGUCUUUGGCAAGGAGGGGAUCGACAUGCAUCCGGUGGGCACCGCCUGCAUUCCCGACUUUGGGGCAUUGUCCGGGUUGCCGGGAUGGUCUUCUAGAAACGACGACAAGGCUUCUCCCGAAAACAUUCUUAAAGCAAUGGGUUUGGAAGAUUCCGUUGACGAAGCAGUGAGGUCGGAUAUUUGGGAGCCCGUUCGGAGCGAAGAAGAGCUCACGGAUAUCCUGGAGAAAAGGGACAGCGGUGAAAGCCUGGCGUAUAUGCCCCAACUCGGCAAACUGCUCUGGUCGUCGGACGAUCUGGUGGAAAGCAUCCGAGAGGGCCUCGUUCGAAAGCUGAAAGGCGGUGCUGGCAAUCCACCGGUUGCCGUAUUUGCACUGGUAAGGGACUCCACCAUCCAGAGCCUUCGAUCCAAGUACGUUUGUUCUGUUGUGGCAUCGUCCCCACAGGGCCUCGAUUCGGCUCUGUGGGAAGCCUGCAACCCCGAAUACCUCCCCUUGAUCGACGGAAAUCCCGCGUUCUCCUUUGUUUUUGAAAUGCCGCUCCCUUCCGGCCCCAAACCAUCGGUGGCGGAGUCUCUUCCGUUGAAAACAGGUAAUGCUUUUUCGUACUACCGCUGGGCGAAGAGAACGACGCGAUGAACCAGCGAAUGGUGGUAGUUGUGGUAUCAGUGGUGACCUCAUUCGAGUCGACGAAUGACGUCUUUCUGAUCACCUUAUCAAGGAGAUCCCAGGCCUCAUCAAUGUCGUUUUCUGCACAGUAUUUCUGGAGGUGGAUGGCAGUGUUUUCAAUAGCUGCACUUGAAAGCUUUUUUAACCAUUGUACUCAUGAUGUUGGAUCCAUCCUAAAGGCAGAGGGAGAGAGAAGAAGAAGAAUAGGGUUGGUUACCAUGGAAGUUUGCAAGUUGCGGUGCUCGAAUGAAAGUCACAGUUAAUUGCGCUGAAAGAUCACGUAGCAGAAUGGCUUACAACGAUAUUCUUUGGAUUUGUCGAAAGGCAUCUUUCAUGCGAGAUGAUGCAGUGUUCUUUUGCAAAUAUUUUUCAUUUCCCCCUUCAUGAACCGAACGGUUCAACGAAAACAAUUUUUGAUUCUACCAAGAUGUUGAGGAUUUGCAGGAUAUAUCUACAUGAGAUUUUGCGUGGUCACUGUUCUGUGCUCCUUGAGGGGAACUAGAUGGCCGUGACUCUAGAGAUUGAUUGUGUACGUAUGGGUAUUUGUGUUUCGUGGGAUUUGUCCCGGCUUACGAGUUUCUUGUGUUUCGUAUCCACAUCUGGUUUCGAGAGAUUCGUUUCCAAUGCUAUACGGAACGUUUCGUACCCGACGAGAGUCACUUUUGAGAUCUUACCAUCACUGUGUCUGGGACGCUAUUCAUUUGGUUCAAGUACAAAUAAUCAAUUCUUUAUUAA